CAUUGCGGGUGCUCUAAUAGUAGGAAGUGGGCUAUAUUAUUAUCCUUGCUCUGAGAAUGUUUUUCAAUCAACGUUUGACCAUUCAUUUUAUUCAAAAUUUUCCGUUAGCUGCGCCAGCAUCCAGCGCAGACCGGAGAAGCCGACGGCGAGUAUGAGCCUUGCUGGCGGCGAGGUAUCCGGCGCCGUCCUCCUCACACAAUUGUGUAGCGCAGCUGCCAUCUGCGUGGCGGGAUGGUUGGUGCCAUUGCCGGCAGCCGGCCAGGUGGCGAGGUCGGGAACAUGGAAGCAAUGCUGCUCCAUCGAUUUAUUCCUCAGAUCAGCAGCAUCGUCGCAGCAAAUGCGUCGACAGAUGAGCUGCAGGUUGAUCAGUGAUCAGCAAAAGCAGCAGGAGGAGGAGGACGUGGUGGUCGUCGAUCGACGACAAUCUUUGUUGUCGCUGCGGCCGCGAAGACGUGAUAUCGGCUGAACUGCUGAUGAUCAAGAACCUGCAGUGCCGGUUGGAGGAGACCAUGCUCGGCAUCAUCCGUCACGACAACAUCGUCGUCCUCCGGGGUUCCAUCCAGAGUGACGACGACGACGGCACGGUCCAGCUCGUGUACGAGGACAUGGAGAACGGCUGCUGCCUCCACGAAUGGCUGCACGGCAACCGCCGAUCCCAGCUGGAGGCCGGCGAGAGGCAGCGGCGGCGGCGGCUGAGAUGGCGGGCGCGGCGGUCCAUCGCCGUCGACGUGGCCAGAGCAAUCUGCUACCUGCACCACGAUUGCAAAAGCCCCAUCAUCCACCGCGACAUCAAGCCGACCAACAUUUUGCUCGACGGCAACCUCAAAGCCAAGAUAGCUGGUUUCGGUCUUGCACGGAUCAAUGUUGCUGGGCUCAACCAACCGUUACUCAACGUAGAAAUUCCUAGCGAGGCCUUUGGGUAUACUGCUCCAGAGUAUGCAACCGCGCAGGUAAAUGAGAAGGUGGACGUGUACAGCUUUGGUGUGGUGCUUCUGAGCUCGUCACGGGAAGAUUGGGUAACGAGCCAGGCGUAAAUAAUGGGCACUUGGCUAUGUGGGCGCAGAGAGGGUACGGUCGACAUCUCAGCAAGGACGUCGUUGAUAAGGAGAUCGUCCCUGAUAUGGCACGAUACUUGAAGGAGAUGAAGGCCAUGUUCAAGCUCGGUGUGGAGUGCACCGCUAUGGACCCACGGGAGAGGCCGUCCAUGCUGACGGUUCUUCGUCGCCUCACCAAGCUUGGUUCCGUAUAUGUCAGUUGUUUCAAUUCAUGUGAUAAUUAACUAUAGUGGGGAUGGCUUGUAUGUAGUGCUUCCUUCAGUCAUUAAUAUAUAACAUUUUUUUUCUAUUUGUAAGUACUACUCACUUUGCCCAAAAUAUAAGAACCUAUUAUGAUGAGAUAUUUUCUAGUAGAUUUAUAGUAUUAGAAAAUGUCUUAUAUUUAUUCUAUUUUUUUAUAUUAUAGGAUAGAGCGAGUAUAUGACUCCGCACUUCGUCUAGGUUAAUUAAAUAGCGCGACUCAUAGCCCU